UGAAGCUACUAUGUAUGAAAAGGCGAAAAUUGAACGGUUAAGAGAACGUUUUAAAUCGAGCUAUCCCCAUGUCUCUCCCCCUUCAUCAAACCCUACAAACCGCUGUGUCCUGCGUCUCUCGUCCUCUCCUUCCUCCGCGCGUGCGAACUCGUCGAGCACUCUCCUCACGUGCCGCACUUCCCUCCUCUAGCAGGACCCAAGGAAUAAUGGAGAGGGUUUCAACAAGUAGUGAAGUUGGUGGCGCUGGAGGCUCUAACUCAUACAGUGGCUUGAAAAGAUUAGACCAACUGUGGUCUAAUAUAUGUAACACUUCACCAGAAAUUAAGGAAAUCCAGGAAGUUGUUUCCCAGUUUAGUGGUUCAACCUACCACUCUGAUCUGGCUAACAACUCCAGUUGCAUGUUUGAUGUGUUAGUUUGUGGAGGUACUUUGGGCAUCUUUAUUGCCACCGCUUUAGUCUUGAAGGGCCUCCGUGUUGGCAUUGUUGAAAGAAACCUCAUUAAGGGGAGGGAACAAGAAUGGAAUAUCUCUAGAAAAGAGCUAAAGGAACUUGUCGAUGUUGGCAUUCUUUUAGAAGCAGAGAUUCAACAGGUCACUGCAAUCAAGUUCAAUCCUAACAGGUGUGGGUUUGAGAAAAAAGGUGAUGUUUGUGUUGAAGACAUUCUUAAUCUUGGUGUUUCGCCAGCCAAACUUCUUGAGAUUGUGAAGAAACGGUUUGUCUCCUUAGGCGGAUCUGUUUUUGAAAGCAAGUGUUUGUCCAGUAUAUCCAUUUACGAUGAUGCAGCUGUAUUGAAAUUGAGUGAUGGAGAUGUUUUAUCUUCUCGCCUCGUUGUGGAUUCAAUGGGUAAUUUCUCCCCAGUGGUGAAACAGAUCAGAUUGGGCAGAAAACCAGAUGGAUUUUGCCUUGUAGUAGGCUCUUGUGCUCGUGGUUUCAAGGAGAACACAACAAGUGACAUUAUAUUUAGUAACGCAACAGUGAAGAAGAUGGGGAACUCACUUUUGCAAUAUUUUUGGGAGGCAUUUCCUGCUGGUUCUGGUCCCACAGAUAGAACUACUUACCUCUUCACUUAUGUUGCUCCACAACCUGGCGCUCCAAGGCUAGAAGAGCUAUUAGAAGACUAUUGGGAUUCAAUGCCGGAUUACCAGGGAGUAGCUUUGGACAAAUUGGAGAUUCUAAGAGUUAAUUUUGGCAUUUUCCCCACUUACCGUGACAGCCCGCUUCCAGCAGCAUUUGACCGUAUUAUACAGGUUGGUGAUGCCAGCGGCAUCCAGUCCCCGGUUUCUUUUGGAGGUUUUGGUAGCAUGACCAGACACCUGAGUAGACUAUCAAAUGGAAUAUAUGAAGCAAUAUCUGGAGAUUUCGUGGAUAAGUACAGUUUGGGGUUGCUGAACCCUUAUAUGCCAAAUUUAAGUGCUUCAUGGUUGUUUCAAAGAGCAAUGUCAGCCCGGCCAAAUGCAGACGUUUCAUCAACUUUUAUUAACGAGCUUCUUUUCUAUAAUUUCCAGGCUAUGCAGAGCCUUGGGGAUUCAGUACUUCGGCCAUUCCUCCAGGAUGUCAUACAGUUUGGCCCUCUUGUGAAGACAUUGGGCUCUGUUAUGCUGAGCCACCCCAAUAUCCUUCCAUCAAUAUUCAGACAGGUCGGAGUUUCAGUGAUUCUUGAUUGGCUUGUGCAUUUUGUGAUGCUUGGUUGGUACACAUUACUAACAAGCUUUUUUGAUCCUCUCAUCAGGCCAUCAAUCAAAUUCCUUCCUCGAAAGAAGAAAUACGAAUUGAAUCGUAUUCUAGAAGCUUGGAAGUAUGGAUCUGGCUUGGAUUACAACCAAUCUGCGUGAAAAAAAUAUGGGGACGAGCUUCAUACUUGUAGAUUCCAAGGUCGGUCAUCAAACUAGUAACAAGGUCUUUCCAAGUCCUGCAUGAAAUCAGCAUUAUUUUGGAGAAAGGAAGAAUGGAGGAUCCUUUUGCUACUACUUCUUCAGGUGGAGUGAACCGAUGAGGAAUUAAUGUUUCUACCAUAGUUAUAGCCACUGUAAUUGCAAAGCUGUAAAGCACAUUUUGGAUCAACCAAACAAUAAAGAACUACGCAGAACGGCAUCACAUUGUUACAGAUGCAGAGUAAAGGUCCUUGAAUUUGAGUAAAAAUCCAUGUAGAAAUGGAAAAGAUGUAAUAACCAUUUAUCCUUGGGGGGUGUUCUGUUAACUUCUUAUCAAUGAAACAUAUUCCAGGUA